AUGCUUGGCAUCGGUUUCAAGCUCAGCGAUACGUCAACGACAUCUCUCUGCAGCUCGCUAGGCGAGUUUCUGAGUCGUGAAUACGCUUCCAAUAUGGAUAAGGGGCAAACAGACACCCAUCAAAUAGCGCUAAAUCAGUUCAUCCAGCUAAAGACCGACGUGGAUCUAGUGCGUACGCCCUCUGCUAUCUCUCGCCACGUGCUGCUGCGGUACUACGCGCAGCUGGAAAAGAUGACAAAGCGCUUUCCAUGUAAUGGAGAUGCAUCUUCCACGCACACAUCGUUGCAGUUGCAGUUUACGUGGAACGAUUCGUUUUGUGUCCAGACAGACCGUAGCACGGCUGAAGGACUUAAGAUGGCCUGUCACCAUUUUAUGAGAGCAGCAGGGGCGUUCACAGAAGUAAAAGACAAGAUUGUCGAACGGACAUUAGGCGUCAGAACACCUGACAUGAGUGCAGAAGGACUAGGACUACUCACGUACUUGAUGUUGGCUCAGGCUCAAGCGUGUUUCUACGAGAAAGCUAUAAAAGACCAAAUGAAGGACGCGGUUAAAGCUAUGCUGGUGCAACAAGCGCUGGACUAUUACGUUUCAGCACUGGAAUGCUAUCGCUCAUCGGCUCUUGCAGGCGCUAUUGAUAGAUCAUGGGGAGUGCAUUUAGAGUUCCAAGUGCAUUGCAUGCGUGCCGCGACGCAGUAUUGGCAAGGAACGGCGUCUAAGACAGCAGCACUAGAUCGGGGAGAAGGGUACGGUGAGGAGAUCGCGAGGCUUUUUGCCGCAGAUGCGGCAUGCAAUGAGGCGUGCAAAGUGGCAACACAGAACAAGUUGCCUACAUUACUAUUGCAGUCUGCGCAAGCGUUACAGCGUGUGGUGCGGGAACAUCUUGACGCGGCGAAGAAAGACAAUGCCAGCGUCUAUUUGGAGAAAGUGCCCAACUUCUCCGACCUACCCGUAGUAGGAAAAGCUGCGAUGGUGAAACCGUUGCCGUUUACGACAGAUGAGUUGCAGCAAGAACUUGGAGAAGUUGAUGUUUUUGAGCAGUUUGUGCCAAAAGAUCUGCUUCUCCGCGCUGAUAGCGUGAAACAAGAGAUUAAAGUAAUUUUGGAGCAAACAGCGGACAAGACAUCUAAAAGCAAUGAAGCUGCAAAGGAGAGACUACGCUCCAUGGGACUGCCUGCGUCGAUUGAAGCCUUUGAAACGACUAGCGAUAAGGGUAUUCCACCUGCGAUAUGGCAGCGCAUUCAGUACGUUAAGGUAACAACAGCCUCCGCUUUAGUGGGUACUAGCAGGUUGAAACAAAAUUCGGUCGUAGCUUUUAUUCAACAGCAACUCCAGGAUAACCAAAGCAUGUCGGCUGAUGCGGAGAGGAGACUACACUUGACCGAGUCGCGCCUAAGCCAAGAGGAAGUCGAGGACAACAUGUGCCGACAAAAUUAUGGUGAGAAGUGGGCUCGCUCUCCCUCUUCCUUGCUAAAUCAGAACUUUCGAGCAGAUAUUGAUCGGUAUUAUCGUUUGGUAAAAGAGGCCAAGACAUCCGACGGUAUAGUUCGAGAGAAGCUCAACGAAAAUCAGGAUAAUAUGGAGGCAUUGUCGCGAUCGAAGAGAAGCCUCGAUCAAGAGUUGCCAGAGCUACAGCAAGAUAACUGCAGCUGUAAGGAAGAGAUAGCGCGUGUGUCCUUGCUGUUGUUGCGACUUGGGCAACUUGUGGAGGAAAAGCACCAGGUCUUAUGUAGUUUUAGAGGGUUGUUCGACAAGUUUGACGCACUUCCCACGCUACUGAGUGGGAAGAAUGCUGACGCGAUCUCCAUCGAUACUGCGCUCGAAGACGAGAAGCAGUUUUUUCGCAAUCAUUUUGAAGAGAAGAUCGCUACAAUAUGUGAAGAAGAGCAGAAUGUGCUCAGUGACCUAGUAGAGGCCAACACCCAUUUUGAAGCGAAGAAAGAUACUGAUCAUGUGCUACGUAAGCGUCAGGCGUUUCUUCAGCGUUUAAGCGAUGCCGUGGACGUUUUUGAACAGCUUGAAUCACACGUUAAAGAAGGUGCAAAGUUUUACGGGGAGCUUAGCAGUCGUAUUGCACAGUUGCAUCAAACGGUAGAGGACCACUGCUCUGCGCGUGAGCUUGAGAAACGCGAGCUAGAGAUGAACUUGACCGCAGAUGAAGAAUUGCGACAGCGUGAAAUUGAAGACGCAGCUUUGGCCCAACAAAUGAUGGAGGACAUGACAAUUGGAAAUGCAGCUACUGUAUCAAGUGCCAAUGAUGAGGCAUUAGCUCGGCAAUUAGCUGAAGGCACUCCGCAGUACUACCAGCCGUCACAGCAACAGUUAGUGCCUCCUUUUUACGAUCAUACAGGAUUGCAGUCUCAGCAGCAACAGCAGCAUUCGUUUGCGCACAACCAGCCAAUACAGGACCCAGCGCAGCCACUUUCAAAUGGACGUGGCUCAAUAUCGUCUGCCCCGCCUCUUGCUUAUGGAGGCGUAUACAAUCAACCGCAGCAAGAACACUCACUGCAAAGCAAUAUUUACCGCUACCCUGGACAGCAACAGCAGUAUGGCCAGCUCUUCCCGCUAGGUCCAUCUGGAGGCUCGGUCAAUGAAUAG